AUGGCGUCAGACAAGCACAAAGCCUACUUAAAUGAUGAUGAUGUAAAGAACAAUAAUUGGAGAUUUGGCUCUCCUCCAAACUAUGAUGUUGUGGACAAACUCUUUGAACAAGGCAGAACCAAGAUAUGGGCACCUGGUUCACUAGAGGAAAAGGUGCAAAACAUAGUCAAGACAUGGGAAAUGGAGAUGUUCCACAAAGUGAAUUUUGAUGAUCAUAAGUCUGUGGACCCUAUCAAGUAUAGGUUCAACCUUAAUGAGCAUCCGCACUGGUUUAAUGGGGAUGCAUUCAAACGACAAAGGGGCGUUCAAAGGGAUGUAGUCCAUCCAUUUUCCGUUCAAGCAGCUGAUAGGCGGAAGGAUCCUCCCGCCGGUUCGGUUCUCAUAUCCAGCCCGACAGCCCUACCAGUUCCAGUCCUCCUUCACCGUGCUCAACAACGACGCCCACAAGCUCAAAUCCUGGCAGUUUUUCGUCGGGUUUCAGCACGAGGAAUAUCUGGUGUCGGCCACGAAUGUCGUGCUUGCAGAUGGGAGCGCGAUGCUGGGGCUUGUGAGAAACGGUUCGGUUUUAGCGGGGUUUUCGAAUCUGGAUCUAGAAACGGGUAUCGAGACAGCGGGGAUUUAACCCAGAUGGGAGUUUGGGUUGAGCUGGCAGGUACGGAGUUUGGGGUGGUCCCACUGGAUGUGCCUAUGCCGGCGAAUAUCUAUCUAGUCAAUGAUGGGCGGAUUUGUCCCUGA